AGCCUUAGCAGCCUCCACAUUGAAGCUCUCCGCGUAUUCGUUCUUUUUCUCUCUGCUCGAAUUAUGCCUGACUCCCUCACCGGAGUCGGCUAGCGGACGCGAGACAAGGAACCCUUUGGAGGCCCCAACCCGGGCAACCUGGUCGCACUUCCGCCUCCCAGGCUCCGGAAGGUAUUGCGCACGCGCUCCCUGCGACUCCGGCGCGGUUGACUUCCGCUCCCACUGUGCCCUGCGAGCCGAAUCAUGGAUCACACUGACAAUGAGUUACAAGGCACUAAUAGUUCUGGAUCAUUGGGUGGUCUUGAUGUUCGAAGACGAAUUCCUAUAAAGCUCAUCUCCAAACAAGGGAACAAAGCCAAAGCUUCACCUCGAACUCCAAGGACUAUAAACAGGAUGCCUGCAAAGGCUCCAGCUGGUGAUGAAGGAUUUGAUUAUAAUGAAGAAGAACGGUAUGACUGUAAAGGGGGCGAACUGUUUGGAAAUCAACGAAGAUUUCCUGGACACCUUUUUUGGGACUUUCAGAUAAACAUCUUAGGUGAAAAGGAUGAUACACCAGUUCAUUUCUGUGACAAAUGUGGAUUGCCUAUUAAAAUCUAUGGGCGAAUGAUUCCAUGCAAGCAUGUUUUUUGCUAUGACUGUGCUAUUUUACACGAAAAAAAGGGAGAUAAGAUGUGUCCAGGCUGUAGUGAUCCUGUGCAGCGAAUUGAGCAGUGUACACGAGGUUCUCUCUUCAUGUGUAGCAUUGUUCAAGGGUGCAAGAGAACAUACUUGUCCCAGAGAGACUUACAGGCUCAUAUCAACCACCGCCAUAUGAGAGCUGGAAAACCUGUUACCCGUGCUUCACUUGAAAAUGUUCAUCCUCCUAUUGCCCCACCACCAGCUGAAAUCCCCGAUCGUUUUAUAAUGCCGCCAGACAAGCACCAUAUGAGCCAUAUUCCGCCAAAGCAGCACAUCAUGAUGCCACCACCUCCUUUGCAACAUGUGCCCCACGAGCACUAUAAUCAGCCACAUGAGGAUAUUCGUGCUCCUCCAGCAGAAUUGUCCAUGGCUCCACCUCCACCUCGCUCGGUCAGUCAGGAAACCUUUCGUAUUUCAACAAGAAAACACAGCAAUUUAAUAACUGUCCCUAUUCAGGAUGACUCAAAUUCAGGUGCUAGAGAACCACCACCUCCUGCCCCAGCACCUGCUCACCAUCAUCCUGAAUAUCAGGGUCAACCAGUGGUCUCGCACCCUCAUCAUAUUAUGCCUCCACAGCAACAUUACGCACCACCCCCACCUCCUCCACCACCAAUAAGCCAUCCAAUGCCACAUCCUCCCCAGGCCGCAGGUACUCCUCACCUGGUGUAUAGCCAAGCUCCACCUCCACCAAUGACCUCUGCUCCACCACCAAUUACCCCUCCCCCUGGACAUAUUAUUGCCCAGAUGCCACCUUAUAUGAAUCAUCCUCCUCCAGGACCUCCCCCCCCUCAACAUGGUGGUCCACCUGUAACUGCACCCCCUCCUCACCAUUAUAAUCCUAACUCUUUACCCCAGUUCACUGAAGAUCAAGGAACUCUGAGCCCUCCAUUUACACAGCCAGGGGGAAUGAGUCCUGGUAUAUGGCCUGCACCGAGAGGGCCGCCUCCUCCUCCACGAAUGCAGGGUCCGCCUUCUCAAACCCCACUUCCUGGACCACAUCAUCCAGAUCAGACAAGAUAUAGACCGUAUUACCAAUGAUAAUAGUAUUUUGAACUGAAGAUAUGAUGAGGAAACAAACUUAUGUAUAGUCAAUCUUUUAAUUAAGCUUUGACUGUUGGGGAAGGGAAAGCGCCUCUUACUGAGGUGGCUGUAAAACACUUAGGGUCUUGUCUCUUAAAAUGGUUUUAAAUCUUGACCUUAGGAGUGAUUUCAAGUACUAUACUGUAGUGCAGAUAAGUGGCUCAGUUGAGCACAACUAUAUUUUAACAACUUUCUUCCCCUAGUGUGGUAAAUUGACCCAGAGGUGAUCAUUUGUAAAAAAUUUGAAAAAAUUUUUUCGUCGUUCCACUUUCAAAAGUAUUGCUUUUGUUAAACCCAAUGUUUAGUUUUUCUUGUGAUACAUUUUGUUAACCUGUGUAAAAGGAUUAAAUUUCAAUAUGGUUGUAAAAAUGCUAUUUUUAUGUGAAUUUAAGUGCAGCCACAUACUGUUUUUUAAACCAUAUGUUUUACCACUAAUUUCCCAAAGUUAUAAUAAAAUCCUAAAAGUAAAAAUCUACUAGAAUUUACUGUAAGGCAGACUGUUAAAUGGUAGGAAAUGAUUUCACAUGUUAGGCACUGAAAUUUUGAGGUAUAUUAGGUGUAUAAUGCACUUCACUUGGAUGCCUUUUCAUUUGUAGGCAGCCUCAGGAACACCAAAAUACAUUGGAAUUCCAGUACUAAGAAAUAUUUAUGUUUGUAAUAUUGAAAGGCAGUGUUCGUUACUUGGAAAGUUACGGCCAAAGUAAUCAACUCUGUAGGCUCCAAGCUGUUGGGGAUGCUGGUACCCGUUAAUGCUUUUUACUGAAUGAUUGGAAUCACAUGAUGCACCACACUGAUUAAUCUUAAGUAACGUUAUUUUAUAGAACUGUUUAAAUGGUGUGCUUUAGAUGAAGUGUAUUCCUCUCUACUCAUUGUCUUAAACUAAAUAUUUAGGGCUGAAUAGGCUUUAUGUAAUUCCUCAUUUCAUGGUAGAAUUUGAUCCCGUGCUUAAGUGGGUUCUUGUUUAUUGGGUUUUAAACUAUAAUUUGAAUGCCAUGGAGGAAUUUGAAUACUGUAUUAAUGAAGGACAUUCUUGUAAUCACAUACUUGUGUUGCUCAGGUUUUAUUACUGUGUGAUAAGGUUUUUUCUCUGACUUGACAUUUAAAAACUAUUAAUGAUUUCCUGUUUCUUUUGUUGGUUAAGCAUCUAAAACUUGGAAAGUUUUAGCUUGGAGUCAACAGUGAAGACUACCAGAUGAUUUUGUAUUGGAGAAAAGAAAAGUAAUCUAAAUUGUGAACUUCAGUGCUUUAUAAGGUGUCUUCGGAGUCAGCUUUUGCAUUAUAGGGGCUUCUUACAGUCCAGCUGAGAUGACCACUUACAGUUUAUACAGAACUCAUACGUAUAAAUCAACACUCUUAGGAUAUUACUAUAUAUCCUUUGAAUAAACCCCUGUGAAGUACUUCCUCCCCCCUAAAAUGGUGCAUAACAUAUAAACAUGAGAUGUGUAGUAUGCAGAUGCCAUUUAUUAAAUAGUUUGUAGUGUAUAAAUUUAGAACAUUUCUUUUUGACAAAGGGUGAACUGAUUGCUAAUUUACCAUUUAAUUCUGUCAGGAACAGGCAAAACAACUUCUCAUCUUGGAUAAUCAGAUGCAAAGUCAUCUAUGAACUUAGAGCUGAAGUUAGAAAUAAUAUAAAUGGCCCUUUCAACCUUGACCAGCUGAAAAUAACUAAUACACUUUUUUUUUAAGUGAAAGUACGUGAUUUUUCACACCUAGCAAUUUGAGAGUCCAGUUGUUAAUGCAAUAUUUCUAGUGAGAAAUUGUUAUUAGAAGCAUGGGAGUGAAAUAGUAUGAAAUGGUGGUGAGUGCGUCUAUCAUAUUACUGUAGGUACUUGGACUGUGCAAACUUGAUUCCUUUUCAUGGCCCUAUUUAGGAGCUGUUAAAAUACUCUUGUUGAAAAUCCAGGACCAUUUUUUGGUUUCAUGUAAUAGGAAAUAGCCGAAUUCACUUUAAAGCUUCUCAACUAUUUAUGAAGAGCUCACCUGUUUUAAUGAAAUUCACUAGAAUUGAAUGUGGCAUGAAACCACUUAGCCUAUGUAUUGGACAAAAAAAUUAAUAUCAUGAUAAAAUUCCACAUGUUAAGAGAAUUCUUGUAGGCUUUUAAAAAAUGAUUUCUUUUUGGUUAGGUUUAAGAAAUAUGUGUUAUGCAGGAAGGCAGAUCACAUGAAAUGUGUUGUAGCAGACAAUUUUUUAAAAUGGUGUUAGACUUGAAUUCAUCCAGUUAUUGUUUGAAUGAGGGUGGGUGGGUAGAAGGAUAACAAAAUUACUGUUAGUGUUUCUUUCCUUAAGGAAAAAGAUGUGAAUCCCAGCCUUAUUUCAGGGAAGCCUUUGAAGCUAUGAUGGACAUAAGUCUAAAUUAAAUGUAUGUAUAUUUCAUUAUAUUGCUCUUAAGACUACUGAGGUGGCAGUUUAAUUCUUAAAAACAAUAAAAUGAAAGCAUAAAUACUAUUUUGCCUAGAUGAAUUUUUACCUAAUGAUGACACAUUUGGGAGAAUGCAGAGUUUUUCAUGUUGAUACAGCUUUUACAGUAAAAUAGAUUCACGAUUUUGGAGAUUAAAACCAGCAAGUUGAACGUUAAUAUUUCUAAAGUGGUAUGAUUGUUCAGAGUAUUCUGUAGUAUUUUGGGGAAAUAUCAGUUGCAAAGACUAAGAAACUACUUAAUAUCCAUCUUGCCCUGUAAAAACCACUUGCUCAAUUUAUUGUAUAAAUACUACCACUGAAAUAUAAAUGCAAAGGAUAAUUUGACCAUAUUUUUAAACUCAAAAUAGGUGACUUUACUGUAUGAAAUAUACAGAGCUGCUUUACGCUUUGUUCUCACUAACAUACUGGAAGAGUAUCUUUCAUACAUCUUUUUGGAAAAACUGUAUAGACAUAUCGUAACAUUCUUGAAAAAGCAUUACAAGUACGUGGAAAAAUCUCACAAGUACCUGAAACAAAAAUAAACUUUUCUGACUAUUAGAUCAGCCAUCAGAUUCGUACAUUGAUGUUAGCUGAGGUUUGACAUAAUCAUACUAUAUUCUGACUGACGUGGAUUUAUUUUUCUUCACUGGUGUUUGUAAGUGUAAUCUGUUCAAUUGUGGCCUAGACCAAGCAGACUUUACUUACUACAAUAUAUGCACAAUCUAAUAAAGCAAUAUUGGAUAUACUAGGUUUAAAGGGGAAAGAGAGGUAAGCCAGU